AUAGCUUGACGCUUCAAAAUAUUGUGUACAAAAAUAUUUAUAAUUUCGAAAAAAUUUGAGAUUAUUCUUCAUUAAAUAUGAGUAAAUUUAAGAACUUUAUAUUGAAGAACUCACUUAUUGCAGCUACCGCUGUAAUUAUGGUUAUUUGCGCGUUUUGUAUAGCAGUAUUCUCGGGCUUUCUUCACGAGGGCGGAAAGGUCAAAUCAAUUUUGGUGAAUGUGUUUGUGGUGACUGUGCUAUUGUUCCUAGUGAGUGAUACAAUCAAGUUCCUGGUAUUGUCAAUGGACGCAGCCUGGUGGCCGCGCACACAAGCCUCGUACAAUAUAGAUAAGAAUGCGACCAUUCAUACGCGCACCCAUUAUCUGAAAAUGCGGAUAAAUACGCUGCGCUCACAGCUGGUGGCCACCGAGAAGCAUUGCAACGAGCCCCUGAACCUUAUGUAUCAGAUUAAUGCCAGGGACUUGUGGCUGUAUGGCAAGUAUUUCCUGUUACUUAUGUGCCUGGUGCUAGUCUCGUGGGAUGAAUUGCUCUACUACAAUACCAAGCAGAUGUACAAGCUUUACAUGAACAAUCAGACUCGCAGCUUGGGAGUAGUCAGCGUUCGUCACCUGCACGGGCUAUUCGCGUUUCUUGAGUCUGCACUUGUGGCGCCCUUUGAGCCAGAUUUGGCGAAGACUGGACAAAGGAAAUGGUUGUAUGGCGAUCACACCACCAAGUUGGGUGUUAUACGUUUGCGUCAGCUGCGCAGAAAAGAGAACUAUCACAUUGGCUGGGGUGAAGUCAAGUUCUCAGAUUUAGACUUUAUGCCCAGCUGGGAAUUGCCUUAUCAACGGAUGCUGUACACAGACAAGUAUUGGAAAAUCUAUGAGCCAUGGCUGCCCAUAUAUCCCACUCAUAGUACAACGACCAAGAUGUUAUUCGGCUUUGAUCAUUAUGGCUAUACCCAGAGUUUCCCAGAGCUGCAUGGCUACGUAACAAUGCUCGCGCGCAGCUAUAACAAUAGCAUGAAGGUUAUUGAUUAUAUUAAAAAUAUGAACUGGCUGACAUGGAACACAUCGGCGGUGUUCAUUGACUUUACGCUCUACAAUGUGGAUGCCAACAUCUUUACCAUAUGCACUGUGCUGAUCGAACAGACGCCCUUUGGCGAUAUUAUUUCCUCACUGAACAUAUUCAGUGUCAAAUUGCAAUUCCUCGAUCAGCUGGGGAUACUGGGCAUAAUCGUGGUGACCCUCUAUUUAAUUGUACUCAUACAGUUCGGUAAAUCGGUGGUCGUAACGCUCUGGUAUGAGCCGUCCAAGCUGCGCAGCAUGUGGAGCAAGCUGGAUUUGAUUAUCCUAGUGCUAAAUUUAAUUGUGAUCGUUAUGGUUAUCAUACGGGAAAUAAUUGUAUCGAGUCUGCUCGCGAAGGUGGAGAGUUCAAUCAAUGAUUAUUUCGUGCAUGCCAAGCACCAGCGAGAUGCCAAAGGGUUGAACUACAUCAACUUUCUGCAGUUCCUACGUGUGGAAUACGCCCCAAUCGUUCGAUUCUUCCAGAAACUGCCUUUCUGCAAACGAGGCUACAAGCGUCGUAAUCGCACGGUUACCGAAAACAUAAAUUUCGAUAUGGAAAAAAGCAAACGGUGGAACGAAAAGAAAAGAUACCAAGCUUUUUCUCUUAAAGAUAAUUCAAAAACAGAAACCAUAAAAGGCGAUGAAAAAACGAAGCAACAAGAAUAUAUAGGGCGUAUUGAACGUCUUUAUACGGUUGCAGCUCUCAUGCAAACCCAAAUAUCAUUACUUGACCACUUGCUCUUUAGGGAGGAAACAGUCAAUUUAGAUGAAUCAGAUAAUGAAAGCGAUUCUGAAACUGAAAAUGUUUAAAAAAUAUUAAUGGUAUUUUUCAUUUGGUUACCGGUUAGGUAAAAAUCGGAAAAAAGUUUUAAAUUACGAAGAGAACAGCAUGACAGUUGCCAGAUGAAGCUGAAGAACUCGAUUCUGUUACUAAACAAAAUUUAAUUACAUUUAUAAUUACGUUUAUAAUUUGACAAAUAAAAAAGUAACACCGAUACCAACCUCUAAAGAGAA